CACAGCAGAGACCAGAGAGUCAGAGAGCCGAGUCAUUUAAUCAUCGUUCUUGCGUAAGAACUAAUCACUGAAAUAUAAUAUUUUGAGUUGCGAAUUUGGGUGAUCAGUUUUCUCAGCGAUGAAGUCGUUCAAAGAAAGGCGAAGUUUUGAGCAAAGACGGAAGGAUGUGGAGGAAAUACGCUGCAAACAUCCUCACAAGAUUCCAGUGAUCAUUGAGAGGUAUGAAAGGGAGAGGAGUCUACCCCUGCUGGAUAAAUCAAAGUUCCUAGUACCUGAUCAUGUGACCAUGGGAGAACUCGUCAAAAUUGUCAGACGAAGACUCCAACUCAACCCCCACCAGGCCUUCUUUCUUCUCGUCAACCAAAAAUCCCUCGUCAGUGUUUCAACGUGUGUCUCUGAGGUGUACCAGUGUGAGAAAGACGAGGAUGGCUUCCUGUAUCUUGUCUAUGCUGCACAGGAAACAUUUGGUUAAUGGAACUUUUCUUGAGGUAUUGUGGACUGGUAACGCCAAAGCGAGUGCGUGGGACUGCAUAUAUGAAAUUGUAAACUUUUAGAGAUCAUACAUUGGCUAGCUGCACCAGUGUGAUGUGUCUGGGACUACAUGUAAGUGAUUUUCAAGAAAUGAUAAACCAUCACCAGAUGUUAUGGUUGGGACUACAUGUAAGUGAUUUUCAAGAAAUGAUAAACCAUCACCAGAUGUUAUGGUUGGGACUAAAUGUUUAAGUGAUUUUCAAGAAAUGAUAAACCAUCACCAGAUAUUAUGGUUGGGACUACAUUUGUCUGAUCAUCGGACCAGCUUCUAGUAUUAUGAGUUCCAGUAGUCAUGAAAGCAAAUCGGAUCAUGAUCACGAAUUAAAUUGUCUUCGUUAUUUUAGCAGCUUUUACAGUAAACAAACUAAAUAUUCAUACCUUUUGUAAAUUUUGAUGUUUUUUGUGUUUUCGUAUUUCAAGAAGGAAUGGUGAAUUGGUUGAAUACUUUCAGAUGCAAGCUUAUACACUGUAUACCACAUUCUCAAGAAACUUAAAUUGGAACGAAUCAAGUUUUCACAAACAUAUAGGUAAAAUUUACAGUACCUUGUAAGGUAUGACAUGACCUAUUCUUGGUUGUUUGGGAUAUUGUAAUUAUUUUAUUCGGUCUGCCGUCUGUCUGCAUUCCACGUUGUUGGUGUGACCUUUGUAUGAUUGUCAUGUAGUACUUGAUUAACAUAUCUUGAUGAAGUCACAGGUUUUAGGAAUGAACAUUUCGGAAAAUCGUGAAAAGCAGAUAGCCCGAGAGAUAGAAAUACAUGUAUGAAGGAAUUUCCUUCAUUCAUUUAUUUUAUUUUAAGGGUUCUCAUACAUGUAUGAGGCUUACCCAGAAUUACAAAAAUACAACAAAUGUAUUCAAUAUGAUUAUACACUAUUAUUAAGAUUGAAUGAACAUGUAUAUACGAUAGAAAAAAUUAAAAGAAUUAUUUAGCAAGGCUUUUACUAAUUUAAUCAUUUCAUACAGUGCAUCCAAAUAAUUGAUACCUUUUCUUUUAGGGCAUACAUGUACAUGAUAUACAGUAUAUGUAUGUUACUAUUGAAUAACUGAGGUAAAGUUAUAUACCCAGUCAUUUUUAUUUUUUUAAUUCUGGAGCUAAAGUCGUGAUGAACUUGAUAUAAAACAUCAAAUGUACAUGUACAGUAUCAUGUAGAUUAUUGUUUGAAAAUAAUACCAAAAAUGAGAAGAUAUUUAAUUGUAAAUUCAAAAUUAUGUUGAGACCCAUAUUACGUAAAAUUUUACUUUAUCAGUACUUCAGUUAUAAAUGUGAUUUUAUCAUUUUUUUUAUUUCACAAGUUGUAAAUAGUGCUCAUUUAGAUGGUGCAUGUAAAUUGUCUUAAUUUGAUAUUAUUAUAGCGCAUGUUAUUGUUAUGUAACCAAAAAAAUUUAGAACAUUAUACAUGUAGAUAAGGCAUUAAUAUUCAAUAAUUUGGGCCAUUUGUAUGAAAUGCCAAUGAAGAAGUGCAACAUAUGCUCAAAGUCGGAAGGUUUCAUACUAUACAAAUACUGAUACAAAUGUUUACUACUUUGAGGGGCACAGUUAAAAGGUGAUUGCGAAACUGUCCUGUGCGUGUAUCUAUUGUUAACUUUACGCUCAGCCACUGCAUCUUUUUACUGUAUGCGCAAUUAAAACUACUGUAUGCCUGGUCAAUAAAUGUUGGCUAUACUGCCCAGCAUUUAGCAGCAAAUUGGUUGUCUUCAGUUUUGACCAAUCAGAAGUCUGGAAUCUUCAUACGCGUUU